GUGCAGUUUGUAGGUCUGCAUGGGCCUGCAACCGUUGCGCGAGGAGGUUGUUCUGUGUUUACGGCGCUUGCGGCGCUCCCUUCCUUUCAACGUGACGACGAGAUCCCUUGCUCCUCCCCUGUCCGCACCGCCCUCUCCCGUUGUCUGCAAAUGCCGAGUGUACUGGAGCACUCGGGCGCUUUGCGUCUCAAUGCCGUGUCGGGCGUAUUAUUCCGCAGCGCGAUAGAAAUCGAGUAAUGACAGCGCUGCUAUGAAAACUGGUCACAGUGGAAUGCAUGAUGACGACCCUCUUUGUUGCUGCGAGUACAUCUCCGAAGUAGGCGAGCGAUCUCACAUUUUGGCAUGUCUAUGCGACUGCGAAGCCUUAGAUACCGCGUUUGACAGGCUCCUGAAGUGCCGUCGGGUUCCCGCACCUCACUGGUCGCUCGUCAAAGACACGGUGAUGGACCGGAUUCGGGUGCCUUGGCUCGGUGGUGCGAAGCGGGUGGAGACUGAUGUCAUCUCGCCGAUCAUCCUCCUACCAUCGGCCCUUUUACUGGCCUGCCAUAGCUGGACAAUGCUCAUGAUCACCUUUGCGGCACUGCCGUUUGCUCUCUUCUUCAUACAUCGGCGCUGUUCCAGGAACAGAACGAGAACGAAGUUCUUCCUGUCAUGGACUGUGUCAUCCCUAGUGGUGCUGCUCGGCGUAUUCCAGCUUGAAGUGGUACCUUACCUGGAGAUUCUCUUCUCUGAGAACACUGUGCUCAUGCUGGCAGUUGGCUUCACCUGUCUGUGUGCAUACUGGGUACACAACUGCCCGCCUGAUGUCCUGGCUCCAAGUAUCACCGCAGAGCCUGUGGGCAAGUCGGCUGAAGCGACAGCAUGCAGUGUCAGUGUGCCCUACACAGAGACUGAGGAUUCCAAGUGCUCUGUGUGCCAAGUGGUGCAGCCACCACGCUGCAGCCAUUGCCACCUCUGUGGUCGCUGCUUCCUCAAGAGGGAUCACCACUGUGUCUGGUUGGACACGUGCAUUGGUGAAAAAAACCACCGAGCUUUCAUCCUUGGCCUGGUUGGCCUGCUGGUGUCUCUGGUGUACGGCGCAAACCUUACCCUGACUACUGUCUGUCGGCCAAAGAUGCUUUGGGACACUUUUCUCAUUCCGGACAACUGCUUCGAGGUUUAUGAGGACAUUCAGUUUUCUUGGAAUAUGCCCAACUGAAAAGAUUACCAACGUCGAGCUAUGUGAGUAAUGCUGUCACAGUGACCUGAAAGAUACACAACCUUUCAAGCAAAAGAGAGAAUUGGCAAGUUUUUCCAUAAUUGCUCUGAUUCUUAGGUUGUUUCAAUAAGGUUUAAAAUUUCAUGGCUCCUUAGAGUUGAGCUGAAUGUAACAUGAUACAGGUGAUGGCCAGCACAAUGGUCUGCCAAGCAACGUUCCACACAGAUGCUAGAGCAUGUGUACAAACAAAAAAUAUCAACUUAGUUACAAAAAUAUCAGCAAAAAAGAAGGGUAUUGUGGCUAGGAGCAGCAGCCUGCCGCAUUUUCUGCAAAGGGACUGAUCAGAGUGUGCUCAAAUAAAGACGCUGCGCAUCUGGCACUAUCAAGAGAUAAGGCGUGUACACACUCCAAUGUGUAAUAUUUGCAUGGAUCAACACAAAUCAGGUGCGCCCUUCGUGACAAUACAAAUGACAGCAUUCAGCAUAUGCCAUUGUCAGCAAUAUACCAGACAUACUGGACUUAAUAUAAGCCUUUGGGCAUUGUACCUUGACCUCAGAAGGCAGAGGCAGCUAUCGCAAGCCUCAACUGUAGUGACCAUUGCCUAUCACUCCUAGGCGAUUCCUCAGAUAAAAAUUCCUUAACCAGGUGCUUUCAGCACUUGAGUAGGGCCGCGUUUCUCAACUGCUUAUUGCAGGAAUAGUGCAAGGAAUGCAACUGAGGUGCUGUGACCCCUUCACUUCAAGGGCUGCACUUUCCUUCUAUUUGUGGAGUCGAAGAGCUUCAAGUCGAGGCCCAAUACAAAAGUUAGACAGUGUCAAGUUUCACUGCAUUUUACUUUCAUAUUCACAAAUAUAGCUCGACUCCAGUCUCUUCAACUUGAGUAGUGCCGUCGCUCAACUGAGGAGGUCUGUGCAUUCCAAUAACGCUCCCUGCAAUCUCCUGUGUUGAGUUACUUGAAAGACACACCUCCACUUCAGUCAGUACCUUUGCUCAAACACUGGAAGUGGGCAAUUACAAAAUUGUUUGGAAAUAUUUUAGGAGCCUUACUAAAGUGCAGUGAAUACUUCAAUUUCCAGGUUAAUAGGCAUUCCGGAACAUUCAGCAUAUUCAAAGCUUAUUGUGGAUGCGGACGUAAAUUGUUGCCACACACAAGCAUGUGCAUGACAAUGCUUUGUGCACAUUCCAACUGUACUAGGUAAGUAACGCGAGUACAGCAAGUGUUGGGAGGAACAGUGCUAUAAAAUGUAGAGCCAGAAAGCACAAUUUGGAGUUUUGUGAAUGUGAACAUGCAAGUUUCUCCUGGUCUGUGCAGUCAAUGUGACUGACGAUGGUUUUCAGCAAAAGCGUUGAGCAAAUUGCCAACUGCCACAUGGUCUUCUUGCUCCUUUAUUUGGCACAGCUGGUAAUAUGGUGUCAUGCUCUUACAGUCAGCCAAAUGUGCAGAAAAAGUUUUUUUCAGCCCACUUGUAAUAGCACUGUGAUGAUACACUUGGUUUCCAUACAUUCAAGAAGUUUCAUACUAUUACUAGAGGGUCAUCUGAUGCUACAAUUGUCGAACUACUAUCUGAAUCGUUGGAAGUACAUGGAUUUCUCUAUGACUUGAACUGCAUCUGUCAAGAACACAUUAAAUCAUUUUUAGAAUGAUGUAGAGCUUGCAGCAGUUUGUGUAGAAAAAUUCUUAAAGGGGCCCUGAACCACCCCUCAGGCUUGGUGAAAUAACAUAGUCAGCAGGCAGCAAAAGCUGCUGUGAACAUCUCAGAUAAGUUUUGUUGUCUGUCGUAUGCGGUGCGUGGAGCUUGCAAGUGGAUUGUGAAGUUACCUUGCUCUGAAACGCUCUUUUCACAGGAAGGCCCUGUCCACACUAUUCUAGACGCGCUAUUUUGACGUUCCCUUAGAUGGCUGCUAUUGGCCAAUAGCUGACAUCCAAGCUGCAGUCGGCUACAUGGCGUAGAUACCACGGCCACCGUGAGGUGCCGCCACUAGUCCACUGGCUAAGCCCACUGCGGCUCGCUGAGGACAACCACGUUUGGCUUAUUUUUAGUGUGUCGUAGGCACCAAAGGUGGAAGUCGUGGCAUCUACAUUAACAUCCAAAAUGAAAUAUGAACUUUGCACCGCGGUGACAUUCAGAUGGCGGAUUGUUGUGGGCAUGCCCCACUGCACCUUCGGGAGCACAGCGGAGGCCGUGUUUGAUUGCCAAUAACUCUGCUUCUGCUGAACGCAUUGAAGUACUUUUUGUGGCAAUGUAUUUUCUGAAAUAGCCUAUUUUCACUUCAAAUGCCUUUCUCCACUUCGGUAAAAAGUGGUUCAGGGCCCCUUUAAUGUGUCCUGACAAAUAAUUUUCAAGGACUAAGAAUAACACUAUAAACAACACCCUGUUGUCAACCGUGCGGAAGCUUUUUUCACUGCUCAAAAAAAAAGGGGGGGGGGGGGAAGGCUUGGUGACCAAACAACCUCAACUUGGCUAGGUUGCUAUGUUGGAUACAGUUGAAUUCAACAUUCUGUUGAAUUUUGCCGUGUUGGCAUUUUACGCCAAUCGGGAGGCCUUAGGAGCCCUUAUGCCUACUAAAGUUUAACAUGAAAUGCAUAAAUCCAAGCUAAAAAAAUUUGGUGUCAUGACCUCUUUAAAUGUUUUGUGCACACAGUUAAUUCAAUAAUUCACAUUAUUGCUGUGUGAAUGAUAACAGCCUUUUAGCAUGUGUGUGUCCCUAACAGCAAUAAUAUUUUAACAGUAACACUCAAAAUUAGUAAUUAUACUUGCAAAUUUAAUCGCAAAUUUUUUGUAGUAACUAUGAAAAUUGUCAAAUUAGAGGCUAAACAACACUACUCAUUGCUUUAAAGCAUUUUUAAUUAAUAAUGAGCUUCUGGUUAAUGAGAAUCCAUGGUAAGCGAUCAACACGGGACACAAAGCACAUAAAUGACGAAAAAAACAUUGGCAGCUUUACAUUCUUACAGUGCUGAUUGCCUGCCAUAGAUUUGAGAUUUCAACCCACUGAAAUUGGUCCAUGAGCCACAAGGACAAAGUUUAGACAUGGUAACUUCUAAUCAUUCCUAUGCUUGCUGAACCAUCAUACUGGCACCAUAUACAGUACAAACACUAAAUCCACAUUUUCUUCUAGUAAUCUUGCAAGUUGUGUGCAGAAGCACACUAACCAUGGGUAAGCUCAACCUUAGUUACUGCCUGCCACAGUGUUGCAAUGUCCCGGGAAAAACAAUCGUAGCAAUUCCAUUAACUGUGGCAAAAUGGGCAUACAAAUGCUUUUAGGUUUUUCUUUUAUCUGAGCAAAACUGCGACAGGCCUUCAAGGAACACUAAAGGCAAAUAUCAUCAUCAUCCAGGCUGAUGAUGGUGAUGAAAAGCAAAUAUUAAGCAGCGCGGACUGAUAAAAUGCCAUUCCAUAAGCCUUGCAGCAGCUGUUUCAUGCCAAAAGACCUAGUUUAGGAGAAAAUCACGUUUGAAGGGUCCGCAUAUCUUUAGUGCAAUUCAACUGCCCAUCCGCGAGCAAAGAGUGGUGACAUUGCAUAUGCAAUCACUGCCCUUUACUGCAGACGUUGAGUAAAGCGGCACCCGGCAGACGACGCUACAGUUUUUUGCUCAAAACGCGAACACGUGGCCAUGGAAAAAGCAAGCCCAGAAAAAGUGUUUGAUUCGCCACUGCAGCUGCUCUUGUUGAAGUGUUGGGGACCGUUCGGGCAUCCCGCAACAUCACAUGGACAUUCUCUGCUACUUUCAGUUUGUGUGAGUUUCACAAGCAGAAAAACCAGCCAGCACUACGCUAUAACUAAACUACUGAAACACGAAAGUGCAAGCAGUGUAGAGUCAAGUGAAAGCGAAACCUUUAGUCUGCCCAAGUCGUCGUUGAGGGUAAUGUCAAGGAGUUUUUUUUUUUUUUCUAUAAAUAUCAAAUAGAGCUGGACAAGUAGCACUUUCUUCCAUCUUGUAAUGAAAUGCAAUUAUAUUUUAUUAAGAGUGGUUGAGUAACAGCAACAAAAUUAUACUGAGCAGUGUCUGCAUCACUAGGCUAGUACUUGAAUGUCCUGGGGGAGCCUCAAAUUGUCCUGUAUUUACCUGAAUUUCUCAACUACUAAAGCUCUUUGUGGCAAUACUGAUUCCUUAGACGUCCUCAAGCAUUACUCUAUCACUUUAGCCUGACUUCAUAUUUGUCUUUAGUGUCCCUUUAACUGAGAUUCAGCUUAGUCAUUGUUAGCAUGCCUCCAUGUAAGUGGGGUACUCACAUGAAACUAUAUGGCUAUAAAUUUAUGUUAGCUUAAUGAACUAUUCUGCAUAAUUCAGCCACAUUCAAGAGUCUCAUUGGUUGCACUCGCAUACUUCGGCUUGCUAAGUCGCAAGUUUAAAUAUGAAAUCUUUAAUGAUUUUGUUUAAUGAUGGCAAAUAAUGCACAGGUGCAUCAGUCAUGCCCCAAACACAGGCAGUCAGCUUCCUAAAGUACAAUAAGAGUACUAGGCAGUUUUCUGAGGCAUUUGGUGAUACCACAACCACUGCAUAUAAAGCAUACAAUGUAUAAAGCCUCUAAUAAAAAAAGUUAAAGCAAUGCCAUGUGGCUUCAUCAUCCUUGUGUGCUUGGGACGACUGCUGUCAGAAGAUGCAUGCACUUCUUUCCUUCUGUAAUGCUAUGUGUGCCACCUGUUGAAUGUGCAAUAGGUUGAGUUGCUGUAUGAGGUUUCACUAAUAUUUCCAAGAUCGUGCUGUUGCUAUGACUGAAAAUGUACAGAAAAAUGUGUUUCUUGGAGGUGUGUGGCAGCCCCUUAAAGGCUAAAUGCAGCAAAAUAUUGGACAGCAUAAUGAGGCUAUUUACAGAAACAGCUUCCAUGCAAAAUUUUACUAUUUAAAUGAGUGGAUGUGUCACGAAAAGCUUGUAAAGGUGAACAUUUCUGAUGAGAGGGGGGAUGCAGUGGAGGGAGCAACAACGCUGCCAUUACCACUUGCAGGAAAUUGGGGAGAACCAGAAGGUGCCUGUGCCAUCGGCUUAGGUGCUAUUCGGCCACCAAUAAAAGAAUUCUACAAUUUCCAGUCCUACAGCUUUGUGAACAAUGCUUCAAUAUUAUAUAGUACCAUAUUUUCCAGUCUAUAAGUCGCACCUUUGUACAAUUCGCAUCCCCCUCAAAACGGCAGUUUUGAAGGGGGGGAGGGGAGUGAAUGUAAAUAGGUCACACCAGUGUAUAACACCUGUUCAUUCGGUAAGCGAUUUGGGGGGGAGUGGGAGGGGUAAAAAGAAGUUAGUGAUGUUUCACUUCGUGAAUGCGGGUCACGUGCAAGCGUAUCGGUGCCAUUCCUAUAAAAUUACGAUAGCAAUAAUAUGGACAUUCCAGGCGUAUUUCUGCCAUUGUGGUCACUGUAAUGUUCCUUAUAAAGUCCAAAGGCGAUAACAUCGUCCCCACGUGCUGUAUGCUGUAUAUGCGAGUGAGCGCUUGAAACGGUAAGCCAAAUCGCGCACAAGGGAGGAAAGUGGGAAGGCAGCACGGAGAGGGGGGAGCUUGUACCAUGGCUGCAACUGCGUAGUUUGCACAGCGGCGUGCACUGCAUCUUGAAAGCUAUCUCUAGAUGCGACGACUUCGUAGUCAGUCAACUCGCGGUCAGCCUGCUGCUACUUGCGUUGCUGCUCUGUGCUUCUCGCACGGCGCUCGACAACUCGAUCACGAGAAGAACCCGGCACCUCCAUAGCAUGCAUGCACCCCGUAGCAACUGCCAGAGGUGGCCAACCCAGCGCGCUUCACAUGGCCAUAGCAUCCAAUCCGAUUUUGACGGCAGUAUUUUUCGAGAAAAAGAAAAAAAGACUUAUGCAAGUCGCAUGGACAUUCAGAAAAAGCUGCGACUUAUACACCAAGGAAUACGGUAGUACUAAUUUAUAAAUGAUUUUGCCAAAGUGGAAAUUUUACUGCAGCUGGUCUUUAAGAUGGUGAACGUCAUGCAGCUGCUGCUGGAGGUCCCGUGGAGAUAUUGAGGCAACGUUACUAUCACAAAAUUAAAUGCUGAAAGGAAAGGAGAUGGAGAAAGGACAUUUGGCACUGCAACUUUUCUUUCAUGGGCUUUUAAUUUAACAAUGAAUUAAAACAUCUUCUAGCCUGCUGUCUUGUUUUCCCCCUUGCCUCUUAUGCCACUAUACUUUAUGCCACAACAUUCACUUUCACGCUCAUGUUGACCCCCCUUCCCCUUCUCGAUACUCCUAGGUUGAAAUAACAAUGUUGCCUGAUUGCACCGUAAUACAUCUGUAAUGAAGACUUCUAGAAUGCCAAAGCAGUCACUUUCAGCAUCUGUCAAAUUAUUAGUACAACAUUUGUGAAUGAGCAUAAGUGCAGCCUGCUGUCUGAUAUCACCUCUAGUGAAUGGCAUUUCUCACAUAACACCUGAGCUUGUUUUUUCCCAAAAACUUAAGCUGAGCAACUUGGUAGGGAUUUGCGAUUUCAGUUGUGAAUCCCUACCAAUUUGCUUUGUGUUGUCCUUCUUGUUCCUAGAGUUUUCCAAACUACGAAGGGUACAUGCUCUAUACGAGCUAGGUUUAUGGUUGCACUUACUGCAGUACAUUCUCACGACAUGGCCCCAGGACAUGCAGCCACUAACAACUCACUAAGGAAUAUUUUAUUUGACGUUUCGUCACUCCCGUUGUUGCAUUGCUAAAAUUAGCCUGUUUUAGAGCACACGCCGAUGCAAGUGCUUGUCUGUGAAAGUAAAAAAAAAAUCUUCAGCACGAUAGUCGGAGAUAGUCUGGUCUUACAAAAUUAGAUAUGUUAGAAGAAUGCCAGUUUGACAAGAACUUCAGAGGAACCAUGUAGUUCCACCUUCAGAUGACCCAAAUCAAUUAUGCACAUCCAAGUAAGAUUGAAUCAAUGGAAGCAGACAGCAGCACUUGUUCCCUUCUCAUUAGGCUACUUUUACCUUUCACGGGCUGACCACAGGUAAAUUUAUCAUUGUUCAUGCCUAUUUAGACGUUACUAUUUGACACUUGCACACCUCUAUAUCCUUGGCCUAUAAAAAAAAUAAUGUUUCUUGCUUUUG